GCGGUGUUCUUUUUUCGUGUGUUUUGUUGAUAGGUUGUUCGUGGGACGCGUGGGAAUUGCAAAGCGCAAGCAAACGGCUGCACAUUGCUUGGGCUCCUAGCCAUGUCGGCCGAUACUGAUCAGCAACCCGACCCGGACUCCUUUAGCUUCCAAGAGGAGGACUUCGAAACCAUUCCAUGGUCCGCCAACUACGUUCUUGUUUGCAUGUUGCUUCCAGCUCUAUGUGGAGGUCUUUCCUCGUUUGCUUGGGCAGGAUUCACCUUGUAUGUUCGGAGUCAGGGCUGGGACCUGCAGAUUGCUGGAGUGCUGGUCAGUGCGGGGGGCUUGGGCCGCCUGGUCACGCAGCAGGCUUUGUUGCGCCUGGGCCUUUGGUCGUCUGUGCUCUUGACUUUGCUGCACCUGGCUUUUGCCACGUUGGGGCUCAUUUUCCUUGACCAGGCUUGGGCAGUGUUUGGCGAAAUAGCUGCCAUGAUUGCAUUUGACGUGACUGUAGCAAUUGAAGGCGUCACCUUUGAAGUGUGGUCAGACUCGGAGGUGAUGGUCGCCCAAGCGCAGUCAACAGUUCUUUCUGUAUUUACGCUGUCAUACGCUAUCGCUGCAACCUUGGGAGGUGUAUUGUAUGAUGCAGCUAGUUGGAAGGGCUGUGCCAUCUAUCACGUUGCUUGUCUCGUUCUGCAAGUGCUUGCGCUCGCCAUCCAGCCGGCAGUCCUCGAGUCAUUUAGAGAGUUUCUUGGGGGUGCUGCUGCAAGAACUGUCGACGGGACUGAUGAUGCAGUUCAACCAUUCUCAGGCGCCACUGCCAUUGUCCCGGCAGCGGAUGAAUUUCAGCGAGUCCAGUCACCAGAGUCAGAGAGUGCUGCGCGCUCCUUUGACCUGCCCGGAGCAGUGGAAAGCGGCAGUCCGAGACAAUCCGCAGACAAUGUGGACGUGGUAGAUCCGACACCUUUGCGCGGCGCAAAUGAAGUAGAAGCAACACCUGAACGAGGACGCGCAGGCAGUGCAUCUGCUGCAGGAGGCGUCCUCGAGCCGAACGUGAGGAGGAGCGGAGGCAGCCAUGCAUCAUCGAGACGCCCCACCCUAAGAUCUCGUUUGACAACGCGGACAGCUCAGACGCACCGAACAACGGGGAGUGGGCAGACAGCACACACUGCAAGGUCUGGUCGGUCAAACAUGACGAGACAGACCGCACAGACAAGCGGCACUUUGGCAACGGCCAUGACCGGGCUGUCGCGCUUCACGCGUUUGACAGAGGCAGGUCAGAACUUCGAAUUCCACUAUGGCGUCACAAAUGCGCUGCGGCCUAACAUUGCGAGCAACACUGUCACAGUGAAUCUCGAUGGUGUUGCAGAGGAGUACGGCAACCGGAAGAGCGGCGCGAGCGAAGAAGAACCACAAGUUGCUGAACAGAAGAAUGGCGGCAAGCUUCCAAGAGAUUUGUAUCUUCCGGCAUUUGUCAUCAUGCUAUCGAGCUUCAAUAACAAUGCAUCUUAUGGUGUUGAGUGGAGCACUUUUGCAAUUUUCUUCAAGGAACAGCAUGGGUGGGAGUCAGCCACUUGGGCAGGCAUUUGCCAAACUGCCGGGGACCUUCUGGCUGCGGUGAUUAUGGCCGUGGCAGGCAAGCCCACUAGAGCAGACCUGAGUGAGCUUUCAGGAAUCCGAUGGUUUUGGCAUUCUUUGACUGGCCAGCCCUACAACGUGAGUUGCUUCCUCUUGGCGUGGGUCAUGCUGAACUUUGGGAUGUGCAUUCCAUGGUUGCCAGCCGCCAUUGCAUCUCAGAUAAUUAUGGGCACGAUCUACACUUUCGCGGUGAAGGCGGCGACGGACAUGAACCUCUUCUACUCUCUUGGUGAUUCACAGGUCUUCCUGGCCAUGCAAGUGCUUUGCAGAAAUGCGGAUUCCCUUGGCUGUGUGCUUGGGGGUUUUGUGGCAUUCGCUCUUUAUGAGCUAGAGCCUUUGGGCCCCUUCCUCCUGACCGGUUCCAUCUCCGCCUUUGCCUUUGUCGUCUACACCACAAGCAUGUGCUGUCGCGUUGGCUUUGGGACCGACAUCGAAACCGCUGAAGCCCAGCGCUCUCGCAGGAAGGGCUUGAGGCGAGUGAGCACCUGGAAGAGUCAAAGAAGUGUGGUCAAUAGGAAGCCCGAAGAUGAAACAAUUUAGAUGAAUUGCUGUGGAUGAGGUCUCUCAUUCACUCAAUGGAUGCGCGUAUUAGGCACAGCGAAGAACUCGCGGUGGUUGUUGAUUGACACGGAUCUCACAGCACUUACCUGCGAACUAGC